AUGAGCGAAUCGUCUUUUGAAAACGUGGAGGCGAAGUGGUGGAAGGAAGUUUCUCAUUAUGCUCCAAAUACGCCGAUUAUAUUAGUUGGGACCAAGUUAGACUUGCGCGAAAACAUGCAAUUGGAACUGGCCCUGAAGCACAAUUCCGUGCCGUUUGUAUCAUACCAAAGGGGGCUGGCCAUGUGUAAGAAGAUAAACGCACACAAGUACCUGGAAUGUUCCGCUCUUACCCAAAAAGGACUAAAGAACGUGUUUGACGAAGCCAUCCGCGCAGUUCUCGCACCUCCAGAGAAAAAGAAAAAGACCAGAUGUUCUCUGCUCUGAUAAUCUUUCAACUCCUUUUUUACUUUUCUCCACUUCUCCACUGCCAACUACUACUACUGCCACUGCAUGACUUAUUUCCCCUGCCCUCAUACUCUGCAGUUUUCUCUCCACACACACACGCACACGGAUUGAUACAGUGUUACACGUUAGCACACGCGUUUCUCUCGCCAGUCGUAUGUGUUCUACGCCUCCACGUUUUCUGUCGCGUUGUCGAUUUACGCAGAAUUGUCUACUGAGGCACAUUACGCCGUCUAUCGUCGCAGCUCUCGGUUCCACACAGGUGUAUAGCCACCAGCUACAGAUUAUUUAUCCAUCGUCCGUUUGUACACUCACCACUGUCUUAGGGAAUUAACGUUUCAAAGGUGUAGUAGGCAACGUCAACCGUACUCCCUGUUAUUUGUGUAAAUCGGCUCAAUUCUCCUCUUGUCGCAGGUUUUUCUCUCUCUCUCUGACAUACGGCCGCUGGUUGGUGCCAUUUUUCCCUAUGUGGCGGAUACAAUUGAUAAGGCACAUCCCACUCGAUCACCGAAGCUUUCCCACUGGUGCGCAUACUUUUCGUCGCAUACAUUGCAGUUUACCUUCCAAAACACGUUGUUCUCAUGUAUUUCUUUUAUUACUUCAAAUGACGUGCCUAUCUCUCAAUCAAAAUCAAUUGCCUUGUUCCCCCUCUGCUUUUAGUUUUGCCACUUGACCCUUGUAGAUCUCUUAUACCUUCUCCCUUUUCUUGGGUAUCAUGAUGUCAUCAAUCUCGGUCACGCCCGUUCCCAUCCCGCUGCAUUCAGCCUUAUGUAAACCACAAUAAUCCAUGGCUUUGCUUUGGUCUAUUUCUCCGCCUGAUCGCUCUUCGAAUUUUUCCCCUCUCACUUCUCAUACUUCCAUUCGUCGUGUCAUUUUUCUUUGUUUUUUUCUCGCAACCCGAUACGUCCAAAUGGUUGGUGUUACCUUUGCUAUUCAACUUGCGGUCUAUCAUCUUCAUUACUUAAUUUUCUACAAUACGAAUCUUUCGGAAUUUUUUGCUCAAU